AGAGUUGUUCAUUUCGAUCUUAAAGGUGCACCGCCAAAGAUUGAAUAUUUUGAUUGGUUGUUUCCAAUGUUAAAGAGGUGGGGUGCCACCGGGGUGCUGAUGGAGUAUGAGGACAUGUUCCCCUACAAUGGCAAGUGGAGUGUUCUCAGGCAACCGCAUGCUUAUGGUCUCGAAGAUGUCAGACACAUCGAAGAGGUGGCUGGCCGCAACGACCUCCACAUCAUACCACUCAUUCAGACGUUUGGACAUUUAGAGUUCUUAUUGAAGCAUGAUGUUUGUGCCUCCAUCCGAGAAGUUCCCUCCUCACCCCAGGCACUCUGCCCCCUUAAUGAACAAUCAAUUGUUGUGGUGGGGGAGUUGAUGCAACAAGUCAUAUCUGCACACCGACACAUAAAAUAUUUUCAUAUUGGGGCUGAUGAGGUUGGUCGGAUGGUCAACUUAGGUCACUGCCCCCGAUGUAGACAGACAGGCGACACGACCACACUCUUCUUCCACCAUGUCAGACGCGUCCUCAACUACCUGACCCAGUUCCGACCCGACCUACAUAUCAUCAUGUGGGAUGACAUGUUCAGGGAGGUCGAUGUUCUCAUACUAGAAGCUGCGGGCAUCGGCGACUUGGUGCAGCCAAUGGUCUGGAUGUACACGCCACAGCUACACUUUCCCGAAGGCAUGUGGGAGAGGUACAUGAAGGUGUUCAGCAAGUUGUGGGUGGCCAGUGCGUUCAAGGGUGCCUCAGGGGUGAACCAGCGUGCCACACCGAUCUCCCACCACAUCGAGAACAACAAGGGCUGGCUGUUCAAGAUGGAGUUUGGUGAGGAGCAGGGCGUCAGCUGCAAGUUUGUCGGCUACGCCAUCACCGGCUGGUCAAGGUACGAUCAUUACCAGAUGUUGUGUGAGUUGUUGCCUGUUGGUCUGCCCUCUCUUGCCCUCUGCCUCCUCACCCUCACCCACGGU